AUGGUUUCUUUUCGUACAAUUCUGAAGUCGAUGUACUGUAUGGAGCAGGCUGAAGGUGUGGGAGCUAAAGUGAGACGUUCCAUUGGCACCAUGGGCAUGAGAAACUUCUCACCAUUUCUUAUGCUAGACCAUUUCAAUGUGAGUCCCGACGCUGGAUUUCCUGAUCAUCCUCAUCGUGGUCAAGAAACUAUCACUCUUGUCAUGAAAGGGCAGUUUUUGCACGAAGAUUUCACGGGAUCUUCCGGCGUUCUCAAUCCGGGCGACCUGCAAUUUAUGACAGCCGGCAAAGGUAUCUGCCAUUCUGAAAUGCCCUAUUCUCCAGAUGGUUCGAAUGUUGAAGGAAUGCAACUUUGGGUUGAUCUUCCAGAAAAUUUGAAGCACACAGAGCCCCGUUAUCGCGAUUUGCGAGAUGCGGAAAUUCCAGUGGCAGAGCCAAACGACAAGGUUAGGGUCAAGGUGAUAAGCGGCAAGUCGUAUGGUGUUGAGUCUGUUAAAGACCUCGCGUACACACCUGUCGAGUACUACAACUACACAGUCAAACCUGGUGGAGAGUUUGUGCAAGAACUGCCUUCCGAGUUCAACGCCUUCUUGUACAUCUUGAAAGGGUCUCUCUUGAUCAAUGGAACCACCAUUCCUAAAUACCAUGCUGUGUUUUUCAAUAGGGAUGGAGAGGCAAUCGGCGGAUCGGUUCCAGAAGAUAGCGAAGAAACAAAUUUUGUUAUUAUUGGAGGUCAGGUGCUAAACCAAAAAAUCGUCCAACACGGUCCUUUUGUUGAGACGUCCAGAGAGCGCAUUUAUGAGGCCUUCAUGGAUUACCAGUACGGGCGCAAUGGGUUUGAGCGUGCUCGGGGUUGGUCCAGCAAAAUUGGUCAUGGAGUGGAUGAGAAACUUUACCGUGUUUUGACUGGCGAAAAGGAUAAGAAGGACAGUGAUGUGAAGGUGGAUCUGUAA